AUGAAGUCCUGCAGGAAGGAGGGCAUAUCCAUCGACAAGUUCACAUCCAUCGACUCGCAAGACCCGGUAUUCCAGCUCGUGACCAUGGCAGCCUCGUCGACCACCGUCUCACCCGUCAAGGAGCUCGUGGUUGUCCUGGGAUUGAUUGUUUCUACUACCUCUAUGCGACUUCCUUUUUCCGAAGUCGUCGUCGUCGUCCGUUUUAGCAGCUCCACCAGCGUGCUUGCCGCAACAUCCGCCAUGCUGCUCACCUCGGCAAGCAUCUUGAGCCGCUUGACAGCUCCUUCUACAGCCUCCAUACAAGCUAGCCUAUUGACCAUGUGCAGCUAUCGUCAUCCGGAAACGAGGGAUCCGCUCACAAGUGCAACAGCAACACAGCUGCCUCAAAAGCGACAUGACGAUGCCGGGAAGUCGAUGGAUGAAAGUUCCAAGGAAGAUCUACGACUCCUCAUCGACAGUCCCAGGAAGUGGCUCAGAGCCUUCUGCUGCAACCGGCUACGAUCUGGGUACCCUUCAGGUCACUCUCGACUUCGACUUCUUCCAGCACGUACCGGCCAUGGGGAUAUUGCAGUUGAGGAUCUGGCCAAGAAGGCAGGCCUUGAUGUGGACCGUACCAGCCGUAUCAUCCGACAGCUCAGGACCUACAGGAUCUUCGAGGAGCUACAGCCUAGAAGGCAAGAUGAGCAGCUCCGGGCCGUCGUCCACUACUCUCUUGAUGAGAUGCUCAAGCCGGCUGCUGAUUGCAAUGUGAGUCUCAAGGCCAACCCUUACGAGGCGCACCAAAACCUCAACCCCUUCGUCACCAGACAUGGCGUUGGCAUCUUUGAGUUCUACCAAAGAAGUCCGGAGAAGGCUCGGCGGUUCGCGAAGGCUAUAGCGGGCCUGAGGAAGAUGGACUCCUAUCUUGACUACUUGCUCAAGGACGGGUUCAACUGGUCUGCUCUCAAAGGGACCGUCGUUAAUGUCCCUGGUAAGUCUUUGUUUCUCUGCCUCCUCUUGACUCAUGACUUGACUAUCAAUGAUGCCGCGGCUUUCCUGAUCCGCCAGUGCACUCACAAUUGGGCCGACAAGGACGUGGUCACCAUCUUCAAGGCCUUUGUCCCUGGUCUGAAGAACUCGAGCCCCGAAACUCCGCUACUGAUCAACGAUAUCACCAUCCCCAAACCUGGAACCUGGCCACGUCAUUAG